AUUGAGUUAGGCGUGCCGUUUACUGAUAUAUAAACAUGGAGUAUGCAUUUUGUCUUAUUAUUUCGCAUGUCAACACUCAUCGGGCGAAAGAAGACGCUGAACAGUUGCUCAAAAGUGAUCAGUGUUCAACAUGGUUUCCCACAAGUGCUCUCUUGCCUUCAUCAGUGCAUUGUUUCUCCACCUCGCUGCAACUCAGUCAUUUAACCCCACAAUUCUCCAAGACAGUCGCGACCUUCCUAAAGUCGAUGGUACUUUUGGCUUCCUCUACCGGACCGAGGAUGGUAUAGCCCAUGCAGCCAAAGGCGACUCGAAUGGAGUCAUCCAUGGGCGGUUCUCCUACACCGACCCAACGGGCCUCAAAGUCAAUUAUAAUUACAAUGCGGGGUCGAGAGUGGCUCCGGGGUAUACCUACGACGACCAGCCGACUGAUAAUGGGCAAUAUGAUCCUCAAAAGUACCAAAAACAGUACCAAGCGACUGAUAAUGGGCAACAUCAACCUCAAAAACAGUACCAGCCGACUCCAAAGCCGUACCAGAGACACCAACAGGAUUACGAAGCCUACAGACAGCCUCAAUAUGAGGAAGCACCUCAACCUCAAUAUGUUGAACCCAAAUAUGUGCCUCAAACUAGACCACCAACCAGCCAACAAAGACCAGUUUCUAGACCUUUGUACAGCUCACAGUACAGUGCUGUAGAAAAUUAUCCUCAACGCAGAACAAGACCUCCCUAUGCCACUCAUAAUGAGGUCUACGAAGAUUAUAACUAAAUUGAGACUUUUUAUUUUUCGUAUAGUUUACAACUUUUGUACAAAUUUUGACGCCAUAUACGUAUUAAUAAAUUCGAUUUUGAAAACA